AUGAAGUGGAGUGCGCUGAAUAUGAAAGAAGGCCGAAGGCAACUGAAUUGUUCUUCUGAUGAAUAUUGGCUGCACUUCCCGUGGACCAGCAAUUUACGUGGUUUGCGGGGAUCUCUCCUUUUUUUAUUGCUAGUUUGCUUUUGUGUUGCUGUGUGCGCUGCACCUCCUCUUGUGUGUGUGCGUACCCUCCGUGAGGGGUGCCGACACGACGGACCGCUCUCGCCGUAUGUACAUGCGGUGGAGCCUUCUGUGCCGCUCCUGUUUGCUUCUCCCUCUUCCAUCUGUGUGUUGGUGUUGCGGCAGGGCUGCGUGUGUGUGCGCCUGUUGCCGUAG